AUGGCUGAAAACAACGCAGGACAUGCAUGUACGGAGAAAGAAGUGAAAGAGAGCAGAAAUGCAUGCAAACAGCAAAGUUUAAGAGAGAAGAAACACAGAAGAACCAUACACGCUAGCAAAAAAAACACACAGAAAGAGCAGACACGCACCCACCUGGACAGAAGAAACGCAGAAGGAGAUCAGACGUGUGCGCAGCAGAAAAAAGAGAACAGAGUAGCAAGCACACACAAAAAACAAAGAAGAAACGCAAAAGAGGAAGACUGGUGUACGAAGACAGUGAACCAGAGAUCUCUGAAAGAAAAAGAGGAACCUAGAGACGAAAACACAGAAGGCAGAAAAAAGCAAGAAGAGCAGAGACACGCGCGAGUGGAAGAAAGGAAGGAGGAGACGUGCAUGGCAAUCCUGAGCUUCAUCAAAAAGGCAGCUCUUCUGGUACUUCAAGGGGAGAGUGAGAGAGCACGAAAAAAGAAAAAACAAAGCACAAAGGAACUGACAAGAGAAGAGCGAGAGAAGAAGACGGAGAACGAGAGAGAAAAAUAA